AUGCACAGAUCACGCACACUCCAACUCACCUCCUGCAUGCUGCUCCUCGUCUCCCUCUCAAGCUCAGGGGAGAGCCGGCCUCACGUGGCCCACGAAGGCACACCUGAUGCGGACCGGACGCACAGCGAGAGGGUGCUGCUUCUGGAGGCGGUGAAGACCGGGAUCCUCGGCUCGCUGGGCAUGGACAGGGAGCCCAGGCCAACCCGAAAGGCCUCGGAGGAAGAGCAGAGGAGGAUGUAUCAGCUCUACAGGGAAAAAGUGAGAGAGAUGAGAGGAAAUUCCAGCCAGCUGAUGAGGAAAACCUGGCAAUCAACCAUGUCUACUGUGCUCUUUCCAGCUACAGUGGACUCAAUAAAAGCGGUUCGGAGAGGAGGACACCCAAACCCACAUGCAGGCCAACGCAUGCAGUGGUACAGAGCUGUUUUCCACACAAAAAACAAUAUCCAAACGGAACUGACACUAACUCGGGCUAAGCUGAAGAUUUCUUGGGAGAUUUUAGAUAAAGCCACUUCAGUCCAGCCUGAGACGAGACAAGCAAUUCAUGUUAAGGUCAACAGGAGGACCCCGAUGAACUCUGCAUGGACACACAUGAACUCUCCAAUAAAUACCAAUGUGUCAAGCACUCAAGAUGUGAUGCUGGACAUCAGCCCUGAGGUGAAGAGGUGGUUGAGGACUGAUGUUGGAGAGGCACUAGUUGUGGAUGUGGGGAUAGCUGUGGUUAUGAAAGAUGCCCUCCAGGCAAACCCAACUAUUUCUCUAGAAUUAGGCCUCGCACCACCCAAACGGGCCCGGAAGACGAGGCUGCCUCGCUCCAACAAGGAAGACGUCUGCAGUGAACACGGAUGGUGCUGCCGGAAGUCUGUCACUGUGUCCUUCAGAGACAUCGGCUGGACGGACUGGGUGGUGGCCCCAUCUGAGUACACGAUGCAUUUCUGCGACGGCACCUGCCCCCACAACUACAAGCCUGCGAGCAUGCACACGCAGGUGAAGUCUCGGCUGCAUCUGCUUUCCAAAGGAGGGUCACCUCGGCCCUGCUGCGUGCCGGCGGCCUACGAGCCAAUGGUCCUGAUGCACUACGACAGCAGGGGAAAGUUGACGCUGACUCCUUUCAACGACUUGAUUGUCAGUAAAUGUCACUGUGCCUGAGGAACUGUGCCUUGUCUUUAAGUUAACCCUUUGGGAGAGCGUAGCCACUAACAUAGAUGUUACAUGCUGAUUGUGUUGUCAAAGGAACAUUGUUUCACAGCUGUAUAAUUAUUGUUUUUCAAUGGUUAA